CCAGGCUGCCGCUGCAUGUGAUCAUUCCUGCGGGCACACAGUCAUCGACACUGCCCGCCAUGGGCCGCUACGACUUCCGCCCUCUCCGCGUCCGCCAAACGGCAAAGGCCCUCUUCGACUCGAAGCGCAACGCCGACCUGCCGCAAUGGUACAAUGUCAUUGGCGACAUACCGCCGGGCGAGACGCUCGCGAGGCCGGUGCUGCGCAUACCCAAGAUGCGAAAGGCGCGCAAGGCAAGCAAACUAUUCAAGCCGCUCCCCAUUGCAUAUCCCGAAGACAAGCUGCGGUCCGACUUCUUUGGCGACCACCCAUGGGAACUGGCCCGGCCGAGGCUGGUGGUUGAGGACAGCGGAAACGACUCCAAGAACUACGACUGGAGCAAGAUUGUGCAGCCAGGAAAGCAGUUAGACGGCGAGAGCGUCGUCCAGCGCCAGAUGUGGCUGAUGAAGCACGCCUCGCUCUCCAAAGCCUCGGCCUAUGACCUCGCCCGCCGCGAAUUCUACCGUCACCGCCACCUCUCCGAAAUCCGCUCGCGCAUUGCAAAGGAAGAAGCCCAACACGUGGGCGCGUACUUUGGCAAGGGCCCUCUGGAGAUUGGCAUGGAGCUCGAGGACCGACAGUGGGAGAACUGGAAGGCCUGGGCCACCAAGCAGAUUGAGGAUGAAUCGGCCAUGCGCGCCCAGAUGUUCAGUGGACAGCAGGAUGAGGGUGCCAGCGCCGAGAUGAGCAGCAACGAGUAUGACCAGGCAAUCGAAGAGCUGCAGCCUGUUGCGCCCAAUAAUCCACAGGGACAGAGACCCAUGGGCGGGGUUGCGGCGCAUCCCUAAGUCUGUAUGUAUUGAUAGUGUAUGUUUGUGUAGAGUACGGCUACGGUUGAUUCAAGAGCCUGUCAAACGACUUGUGACGACCAUUGAAUUGAACCUUGUGUUCGGGACUGUGAGGUAUAGAAUUGGCAUACUCUGCGCAAUCUCAUGAUUUU